CACUCUGACACUUAACAACCCUUACAGACUUUAAAUCACCCCGAGUUUUUCUCUCCUACUACAGAGAGAACUUCAGCGACUCGGAAUGGACUUCGCCGCUGAGCCACCUCAGGCAAGGCUGACGGCUCUCACACCCCGCUUGUCACCGUCCAAAGCCAAUCCAAAGGUCCUGUGGGCCCGAGAUAAGUAUCAUGAUAGCCGAGAGCGAAAGGGAGAGUUACUGCAAGUUCUUAAAAAGAGAUUGCGUCUAGAGCAGCCCGAAGACUUGCCCGAAGACUUGCCCGAAGACAGGGAGCUGGAGCGCAAGAAACUGCGAGGUUCAGGGGACGAAAAAAAAGCACCGAACCUCGGCGAGUAUUCCGCAUGGAUACGAUUACUGGAGGAUCAACGACACUAUCGCUACCGUGAUGUGGACAGUCAGAUCGAGUACCAGUGGCCUGGGCUAGCCGUAUCACGUCCCGAACCCCAAUCUCUGUCCAUGCCGACUGUUACGGGUCAUGCUGCACUUGAACGCGAGCAACCUCGAACCGCAAAGACCAGGCCAGAAGAGAAUAUUUCAAAUCCAUCCGAAAGUAUAGUGGAACAGUUGAAUAGGAGUCGUGCGAGAGCAGCCAAGGAGCCCAACAUCUUCGGGCCGGCUAUAAUCCUCGAUGAAGGCCUACGUCCAAUACGUCAAAGGGUCAAAAGGCACAAAGCAUUUGAAUUGGAUGAUUUUCUUGCGGCUAGCGACGAAGAUGAAGACGCGGAUUUUAUUGCUGGUGGCGAUGAAGGCAUUUCCGGCCCAAAGCGGAAGAAGCUCAGCUUAAGCGAAUACAAGAGGAGGAAGAAGGAAAUUGAGCAGGAGGUUCAAUCAUCAGCAACUCCUCCUACUACAUUACCGAUAGCCCGACAAGGUGAUUCUCCCCACGCCACUUGCUCGGCGUUGUUUGUACGGUAUACCAUCUCUGAAGACAUGACCGCUGGAGACUACUGUGCCAAGCAUCGACUGCUUGCCAUUGAGGAUCGGGAUGCAGGCCAGAAACUCCAUACAAUCGAGCGAUACCGAAAGUCAUCCAUAUGGCCCAUACGAUAGCAGUCCAUACUUUGGUACUCCAUUUACCUCUCAGAAGCAUGAGGACUCGUACGGUGUCACUCCACGGCCCAGCCAGCCACCAUCCUCGGAGCCUCCUUUUCAAAAUCUUUCGGGACUAAGCGAGAGGCGAAG